GUCUCUCACUUCAGGCGCCAAGAUUUGACCCCGUUUUCAAGGUAAAGCGACAGAAUUUGUUGAUUCCUCCUUUUUUUUUUCUUUCUUUCUUUUUUUUUCUUGUUGUGAGAAAUAUCGUGAAGUUGAUUCCACUCGUGUGUCUUUAUAAGCUUAGCUGAAAACAUUACAGAAAAACGCAUGUCUCUGUCAGAGUGGCGCUAAAGCUCAAGAGCUGUUAUCAUUUUUAAUGCCUGUUCUACUUGGACCAAAUCCAGAGACAGAGAAAAAACAUCACCUGGUUCAGCUGGUGAAUUAAGGUCAUGAUAUCGUCUGUUUCCAUGCUAAACCACAAAGGAAAACAGAAACACGCAUUCAAAUAUAGAAAUAUAAAAAUGAAAACUUCUACCUGAGCCAUGACUGUUCAUGUGAUCUGGAGUUUUUCUGUUCUGUUUCUUCUUGGUUGCACUCACAGAUGAAUCCCUUUGUGUUCUCUGAUGUUUUAAUUUAGUGUAAAUCUUUGUGCAGUGAAUGUGUCAGUGUAGCCUCUGCCUCUGACUCGUGUUUCUGCUUCUUUAUUACAGAAGAAGAUGAUCAUGGAAAUCAAAGAGAACGGGAUGCUGAACGAGUCAGAGUACUAUGAAUAUGGAUCAAAUCUUGACUUGGACAUGAUUGACGGUUGUUCUCCCCCUAACUCUGAGGAUGUUGACUUGAUUCUUUACAUGGUUGCCUUCAUCCUGGGCUUUGCAGGAAACAGUGUUGUGAUCAUUGCAUACUUCUUCUACAAGACGACCAAAUCCAUGUCUGACAUCUACCUGCUCAACGUCGCCUUCGCAGACCUGCUGUUCUCUAUGGCGCUGCCUCUCAUCGUGUACAACGAACUGACUUCCUGGUUCAUGGGGUCGCUGGCUUGCAAAAUGCUGCGCAGUUCCUACACCAUCAAUUUUUACGGCGGCAUGCUUCUGCUCGCCUGCAUCAGUGGCGACCGCUACAUUGUCAUCGUCCAAGCUCACCGCAGCACCAGACCACGCUCGCCACAGCAAAUCCACCUCAUCUGCGGCAUCGUCUGGGUCACCACCUUUCUGCUGUCAGUCCCCACCUUUAUUUAUUCCAGCUGGUAUGAACAGUCUGACGGGGACUUCAUGAAUGGGAUCUUUGACUUUGGACCUCCUCACUACGUCUGUGAAGACCGACUAAUGGAGGACGCCACAGGUUUUAAAGCCAUGAAGGACGUCUACAGCACCCAGCUGGCUGUGGGCUUCUUCCUCCCGCUGCUCAUCAUGGUCUUCUGUUUCUCCUUCAUCAUCCCCACCCUGAUGGGAGCCAGAAACUUCCACCAGCACAAGGUUUCAAUGGUGGUCCUGACAGUGGUAGUGCUGUUCAUCACCUGCCACCUUCCAUAUAAUGUCGUUCUGUUCUAUGACACCAUCCUGAUGUCCGAUCCGCUGACAUGUGAAAGUUUUAAAACCUGGAAAACUACCAAGACAGUGACACAGACCAUCGCCUACAUGCACUGCUGCCUGAACCCGCUCCUGUACCUGAUCAUCUGGUUGAUGUUCAGACAACGUCAGGAGGACUGUCCAGAACCUGUGGUGUCUGAGGAAGAGGGACAUCACACCUCACCACUUCUUUGA